UCACCAUAUUUAUUUUUCUAUACACUUGUAAAAUAAUUUUGUGUGAAGAAGAAACAAAGAUCAGCAAUGUCACUUUGCUUUGCAUGUUACCUCAGCAUUAUUACCACCUGACAACAUCAAAUUGCUUCAUUAUACUUUUAUGUCAUAUUUAUGAAAUGACUUACAAUAAAACAAUUGGAAUAAUACGAGUAACGUAAAUGGAAAACGGAGGAAGUAACACUCCUACAGGGACUAACGAAGCCAACAGUACAUUGGCAUUCGAUCCUGCUGUGCAAUCAUACUAUACACCUGCAUACAACAAUGCAACUACUGUUUACGGAUCUGGGAAUAUGUAUGAAAGACCCACUACACAACCCCAAAAUAUGGGGGAUAAUAAUUUUGUAUCACAGACAUAUGGCACAAUUGAAACUCCAUCAGUUGCACAACCUACAUCAAAUCUUCACCCUAAUCAACUUCCUAUAUCAAAUUCAAAUCCUUUGUUAUUUACAAACUAUCCAACAUCGAUUCCCGCUGCCCCACCUCCGGCUUACCCACCUCAGCACCCGAACCAAAUGUAUUCAAGUUCGGAUCAAAGCAGAGCUGGCACUCUGCAGCUGACGUCACCUCAUUCAUUGGACCAAUUCCUGUCAUCACCUCAAUCACAUUUACUGCAGUUACGUGGAACUAACCCAUCUAACCAGCAACCACAAGCUAACAAUUUUCAUAUGUAUGGAAUGCCUGACAGACCUCAGCGAUUUAAUACUUUUCAUAAUCUUCCUUAUUCUCCUGACCCAAGUUUAAAACAAUCAGCCGUUGGACAAAUCAUUGAUGAUGAUUCCUCAAGUGGAUUUUCAACAUCUUCAUCAUCUCAUAAUAGAAAGAAACGAAAAGCAUGUGGUCGGUGUGGACCAUGCCAACGAAAAGACAAUUGCGGCACAUGUAUGAACUGCGUUAAUAGAGCAAAGGGAAAACAGAUCUGCAUUUAUCGCAAAUGUGAAGAAUUGAAGAAAAAGCCGGGAACUGAAAGUUAUUCAACAUCAACAACACCUGAUCAUCAAGUAGAACCUGUUGUCGUACGACAAGAAAAGAGAAAGGAGUUGGAACAGUUAUAUUCUGAGAGAAAACGUAGUAGGACAGAAGAUCAAAGUGAAGCUGUAUCUCAAGUGGCCUCUCUGCCUCAGAACUUUCCCGGAUUUACCUCAACAAAUCAGAAUUUUGUUCAACAGCCUAACCUGGUUGCUUCAAUCCCAACACAACAACAGGGUUUUAACAGUGGUUCUCUACCAUCACACAACAAUCCUGUAACCUUAAGUUUUCAACAACAACUUCAGCAGAACCAUUCACCUCACAGUUCGUACGAUCAACCUUUAGGUGCUGUUGGUCAGGGGCAUACCGAUAUCAUAUCUGCGGCAUUCAGGGAAAUUGAGAGCAACCCACCCAUAAACGCAGUUACAGAAUUAACAAGUGUCCUGAAUCAAGGUGAUAAUUCUGCCCAAACCAAUAAAGUCUCAACCAAUCCAACCUUUGAUCAACAAGUCAACAUUCAACCAUGGAAUCCAAAUUUACCGAGUGUUGAAUCUUUGCCACCACAACAGCAACAACCAGCAUCGCUGCUUCAAGCUCAAUUGGAAGGGACCAUUCGCCUACCAGGACAACCACCCCCUUUACCACCCGGGCCUGGUCCAGGGCAGCAGCCGCAACAAUAUCAACCAAAUGCUCAGGCUGGGACGCAAGCCGACCAACUUUUGAGUAAUUUAACAAAGUUCAACGAAUACGGUUCAUUUCAGCGGAACGUGUCAUCACCAAACCAGGCGACUGCUAAUAAGCGAUCCACCCCCGUGCGUCGCCCAAACUAUGAUAACACACCAAAUCAGCCUCAAACACAAUUCAGCACAGCACAAACGAUUGGUAGUACCGACAUAAACGACCAAUCUCAGAUAGCAGUAGGUACACCCGCAAGUCAAACAGUUUCCAAUAAUAGCCAAAACGCCAACAUGUAUCACAGUUCAGCUUCUUUGGCUUCGUACCCCAUGACAUCAACGGUGGAUCCUCACGGAACAAAUCCUCUUCUCAGUUCUCAAUUGCAUCGACCGUACGAUUCUCCGAAUACAACUCAUAUUCAAGCCACACCAAUGCAAAACUAUGGAGGUGCAAUGCCCCAAAUGGCUUCAGGGAUGAGAUACCCGAAUGCAAAUUUUCAACAUUCACCGCAAUACAUAAACCAGAACAUGCAGAUGUCUAUGCAGCGUUUUUCAAGCAAUGUUCCGCAACAAUCAGUGGGCUCUCAACGUAAAGUCAGCUUGGAACAAAACCCUCUAUUCUUUCAGUCUUCUGAUACACCUGCAGGCACUGUGCCCAGUAAUCCCGGCGGUAUGCCAAAUUCAACUGAGAACGCCAAUAAUUAUUUUCAGCAGCAAUUGCCACAAAAGCAGUGGAAUAAUGCAGUCGGCCCUCCCCCACCUGUCUCUAUUGCCAGCAAUGGUGAUAAUGCUUCUACCGUUAAGCAAGAGAUUAUAUCACCGAUCGCAUCUCACAGUGCAUUACAUAGCCCUGUUUCGUCAUUCAAUCAAGAAGCGAGUGACCAUGGCCCGACGAUAAGCCACAUGCCUGAGCUGGCGCAUUCUCCUGUUUCACAAACAUCUGAUGGUGAACAGAACAAGGUCAAAACAGAAACAACGGAAUCUCAAGCUACUACACCAGGAAAUACAGGACUUCCGUUUGUUACUACUCAUUCUAACGCUAGUGGAACGAUAGGUUACGCGGCUUACACGAUUCCCCAAAAUGGAGGUUCCUAUUCAAACAACAACACUGGUUCUUUUUUAGUACAACCUGGCAGCGGCUCCAUUUAUAAUAAUUAUAACCAAACGCAACCGCAGGGCGGGGGUUCGGUUCCAACAGCAUCUGGUCCAUUCAUCACGAAUACGAAUGGAUACACCAAUCACGACCAAUCAAUGCCAGCUGCCAGGUUAUACGAGUCAACGACACGACACAGUGAAAAUCCAUUUUUACCUUCUACCUCAAAUCCUAAUGCUUCUGGUGUGUGGCAGAGGACACAAUCAGACAAUUCGUCAACUAGUAUACCAUCUGUUACAUCACAAAGCGAUACCAAUCUCACUAUAUCACCUGGAGAAAGCGGAUACGAUUCCGCGGAAGUCGUGCAUGGGGCAGAGGAAACAGCCCACAGAAUUUCUCAGGAUCAAGAUGCAGCGGCAACGAACCGAAGUAUCGAAAUGAAAAAGUCGAUGACGGAAGACGUCCGUUCUGACGGGCAAUCAACUUCAACUAUCAACCCAAAUGAUAUUGGGCCAAAAAACUUGUAUAGGGCUCCGGUAGGCAAUAAGACAGGUUCAGUGAUUCAUAAUCCAGCAGCCUAUUCAGUUCCAUUUCUAGAAACUGGCCUGUCUUCUGCCGGAGCCUGUGCUACCUCUAUGUACAAGAAACUUAAUACACAAGAAUUAAUAAUGGCUGCCAAUACAAAAAACGUACACGAAAACACACAAAAUUUAACAUCAAAGAGAAGUUUAUCGUGCGACUCUGCCGUUACUUCAGAAAAAUCCGCUGAUAAUGCAAAUGAAAAAGUCACUGUUCGUCUCCGCAGAUAUAGCAAUCAAGAAACAUCUUCUGUAAAGAUUGAUUGUUCACAAAAGAUACCUAAAUCAUUGCACAGUAAUUUUAUCGCGAAAACACCAAUGCAAGGCGAACUAGAAAAAGAACGAUACAACUGGCAUGCUUCACCACGGAAUAUAAUGCACGAUCAAAUUCAAAAACAAUAUGUUAUUCCUAAACCAGAAAUGAAGUUAUUCAACACCUAUAACAAGAAUCAAGAAAAUAGUGGACAACGUCGUAUCGUGCCUUUUGAUACUCCACCGGUCACUCCUCGGUCAGUGGACUUUUACAACCGACACCCGAGCAUUGACGCAUCCGCAAACGAGAACUCGAUAAAUCAAAAACUAAAUGAUAUACUACCUACUCCACCACACACUUCUGAUACCCCAGGAAACAAAUUCAAUCCCAGCGAAUUUUCAUUAAAUGAAAACUACUCUGCUGCGAAAGUUAUGGACCAUCAAACUCCUCAGCAUGAAAAUAGGUCCAUAGACUACCUGCUACCUAAAACAGAAAUCUCAAGCCAAAGAGGAUUUAAAAUUCAGGUUGAUGGCUCCAGCCCAAGCAAGACUCAAUUCGCCAAAUGCAAUUGUAUAGCAGGAACUGACGGUCGUAUGGAUGAAGCUCCCUAUUAUACACAUCUUGGGGCAGCGGAAAGUGUCGCCGGAAUUAGACGACUGUUCGAAAAACGUACUGGAUAUGUUGGUGCUGCCAUCAGAAUUGAAAAGGUAAUCUAUACUGGAAAAGAAGGAAAAACCAAAAGUGGAUGUCCAAUGGCAAAAUGGAUUAUUCGUCGAUCGAGUGAAGAAGAAAAGAUUUUGAUAGUUUGUCGACAGAGGCAAGGACAUCAUUGUGAAAACGCUGUUCUUGUUGUCAUCAUUUUACUCUGGGACGGCGUCGCACGACCUCUCGCUGAUUUUGCCUACUCCAAUUUUGCUGAACUUAUACCCAAACAUGGAGAACCAACAGAAAGACGCUGUGGAACUAACGACGAGAGAACAUGUGGAUGCCAAGGAUUUGAUGAUGCGACAUGUGGCGCUUCCUUUUCAUUCGGUUGUUCCUGGUCCAUGUAUUAUAACGGAUGCAAGUACGCAAGAUCGAAUCAACCGAACAAAUAUAAAUUGAACGGAACCAAGAAUCCAGAAGCGGAAAAAUUUAUCGGGAUGUUAUUUGAAAGACUUGCAACUGUCAUGUCGCCGUUAUAUCAAAUGGCUGCACCCGAUGCAUUUCAAAAUCAGGUUGAAUUUGAAGAAGAAGGUUCUGAGUGUCGACUGGGUGAAAGGACAUCGAAACACAGUCGACCUUUCAGUGGUGUUACAACAUGUUUUGAUUUCUGUGCACAUUCACAUAAAGAUCAACAUAAUAUUGAUAAUGGAUCGACAGUGGUUGUCACAUUUACGAAACCUGAACUUCGAUCAGUUGGAAGAAAGCCUGGAGAUGAUGAACAACUACAUGUACUACCUCUUUGCAAACUUGAUAUUUCAAACGAACAAGGAAAUUUUGAUGGAGUUGCAGAAAAAAUAAAAUCAGGAGCAAUUGAGAUUCUACAACGUUAUCGACACGAGAGUCGUAUUCGAAAGGAACCGAAACUAUCAAAAAAGCAGAAAAUGAGAGCGGCUAAAAAGAAGAACCAGACUUCAGAUUCUACUGAUAGUCCACAAAUUAAACGAAGAGGUCGACCUCCGAAACGUUGCAAAUCUGUUGAAAAUUUGUAUGAUGGUAAUAUCAACUUCAUUAAUAGUCCAAUGAGAGAAGGACUACAAUCUAAUGAAUUUCAAACACCUCCGAGGUUACAACAGCAUAGUUCUGAGCAGCCCAUACAACAACAACAACAGCAAUAUCCACCAUUUCCUAAUCCUAGAUCACCAACAAGAUGGCCCUAUCGAAGGCAGGUAGCACCACCAACAUAUGCUGCCGGCACUCUCUUUUCUCCCCCACCCCAAAACACCCCCAAACCAGAAAAUGUUCAACCACCCCCAGCCUCGUCAUCAAACCCUCUCGAUAAUUUACCUUCAAUUGGAAACUUUUUCGUACCUGGGCAACCUGGAAAUCCUGCAGAGAAUCCUCCUGUUGCUAAUAAUGAAGCGACGAAUAAUUGUACCCCUAUUAGAAAACCGUCAGAUGAAAAUCACCCAUCCACACCGCUUCCAUCUAUCAAAGAUGUGGUGACCCACCCUUUUCACCAAAACUUUGCUGCUGUUCACACCCCUGUCACCAAGAAUUCCGCAACCGGGGCUCAAACCCCAAUGCAAGACAAUGCUCCCGGAACCCCACACUAUGGUGACACAUCUAUCAAUCUAAAGACGUAUGCUGCACAUAAUAACGCACACCUAUCACAAGCAAUCGAUACAUCGACUAUGCUCCCAGCAUCACAACACAAUUUCGGGAAUUACGGCAUGCAGCAGACACAAAUGCAACAAGCUACCUCAGAACAGCCGUUCGAUGUUUCAUAUUCUGAUUCUGAAGAAAAUUUCAUUGAUUCAGAAAUUGGUGGAGUGGCUGUCGCACCUGGUCACGGAUCGGUUCUUAUUGAAUGUGCGAAGAAGGAGCUUCACGCAACAACUGCUUUGCAUCGGCCUAAUCGAUAUCGACCUUCUCGUAUAUCCAUGGUGUUUUAUCACCAUAAAAAUAUGAACAUGAGAAAUCAUGGUGCUGCUGAAUAUGAAGCAAAAGAAGAAGAGAGAAAGAAAUUGAGGGAGGAAAAAAGAUCAGAAGAAAUGCAGAAACUAAGGGAAAAUUCCAACAGCAAUAAUUUUAUUCCCCAACAAUUACUUCCUGGGGGAAUGGCAAAUCCUUCAAUUUCUGAUCUCAUUCCCAAUGGACAAUUCCCAGUCACAGGUGCAGGGAACAACAUUUGGAAUCCUGCCCUUGCCACUCAUCCCAUAAUAAAUAUGCCUACCUCGAGACCGCAAAAUAUGGGUAUGAUAACACAGCCGCAAAGACCAUCUCACCAUCAUCCGCAGUAUCCCAAUGUACAGCCUGGCCGAUAUGACAAUUUAGAUCAAACUCGUUUGAAAUUGAGAGCACAAUUAAUUGCUUCGUCUCCACAUGAUAGGAAUGCAAACUUUGAGAAAAUGGUCGAACAACCUGUGAGACAUGGUUUGAACAUGCAAAGAAGUCCCCAUGAUAUGCAGUUUGGGAAUGCAAUGAGGAGUCCGCAGCCUGCCAUGUUGCCUCUCAACAAUCCAAUGCAGAAUCGUGAAAGAAUGAUGAUACCUCAAUCAACGCAAGGUUGGCCACAACAUUUUACCCAUGAAGGGGGUACUAAUAAUAAUAAUAUGAAACAAUUAUACAUGCAACAUCAUAUGGGACUUUCGGGGCCUCAGUACCCAGGAAAUAUACAAUUCCAACCCCAGCCAAUGACCCACCUGAACCAAUAUGGUGGCUCAAACAUGGUGAUGACAUCGAAUGCCCAUAUGAUGCAUACCAGUACCAUGGAUUCAAAUUAUCUAAAAUAUUCUUCACAAAUGGCACAAGCACGGCCGAAUAUGAGCAGUUUGUCGUCGCAGGCAUCAACCCCAUUACACAUGAUGCAUCCUGGGCACCAAAUGUAUAACAUCAAUGGUAUGCCGGCCGUGCCAAAUUCGCAUCAUCCGCAGUAUAUGCGUAAUAUGCAUUCACACAGUGCCAAUUUGGACUUUGCUCACGUUUCGUCGGGUUAUCCGAACCCAGGCUUAAUGCAACCCAAUCCACAUAUGAAUCCUUCGCAUGGGUACACAAACUCCAACAGAUUUCCAUCGAAUUACUAGCUGGCGCUUAGUUGAUGAAAACAACAAACUGCAUGCUGUUCUGAAUUCUCAUUCCUUUAUUCAAUUCGCUACUGCACGGUUGAAAAGGUGUAUUUUCAAAACUUAUUUAUUUAAUUUGCCUGGAAAUUACUUUGUCGGCUUAUUUUGCACUGUUUUUCUGUGGUUAGCGGAAUAUGAAUUUCUGGAUUAAAAAAUGUAGUGAAUUAAUCAGAAUUGGUACUGACCUAUAAAGAAUUUCGCUAGGAUACAAUUUCUCAGUAUAAUAAUCGUUCAUUUAUACAUGCCAAUGUUUUUCCAAUGAAAUUAUAAAUUAAAAAGGUAUGCUUUAAGAUUUCCCAAUGAUAAUUUCUGAUUGAAAUGGAUGGAUCUAUUCGUCACUAAGUUUCAGCAAUGGAUAGGUAACUGAGUGUCUCACCCAUUUCCCUAACCUGUCAUGUAUAAUUGAAUAAUUCUUUGAAUUUUGAGAGGUGAGAGGUAGUACCUAUCAAUUUUCUAUUGUACAUACCUUAUUUAUAAUGCCAAAAAUUAUCCCACACCAUGUAUUUAUUUUCCACCAACUUUUGUAAAAAAAAAUCGUGGAUUGUAAUCAGUGAUUAUGAUGAAUUCAAAGUAUAGCAAGACAUGGAUUUUAUCAAGUGAACAAAAAAAGUUGAACAGUUAAGAGAAGAAGUUUGAUGAGGGUUUCGUUCUAGUUUUCUCUCUGAAUUACUUCUGUAUUUUUUUUUAUUUUGAAUCUUUUUUUGCAUCGACAACCUAUUUUUUUUUACUUUGAAUAUUUCAGUUUCGUUUCAACUCUGCUUCUCAAUUUCGACUAACAAUAUCCAAAGAUAACCGAAUAAUAAUUACUUGAUUGAAUUUGUCGUUGUGCAAACUGCCCCAUUUCUCGUUUCCUUAACUUUUUUGUUUCAAAUUUUUUUUUCAUUCGUGAGCGAUAUUAUCAUGUUCCUUCUUGGCUUCUAGUUUCCUUACGUCUUUGUUCUUUCUAAUAUCCGAAUUUUCGAAUCAAUGGCAUUAUUUUUAAUUUAUUAAUCAAGCAAGCGUUGUGCUGAAUAUGAGAUGACAACCAGUCAUCCAAGUCAUUAGCAAGUUUUUUACUUAAAUUUGGACAUGUGUGGUCCAAUGAUGUAGAACAUCGUUCUGAUAUAAUACAUAAUUAAUCAUAUUUGUCUUUGGCAACGAAUUAUCGCACAUGAAGUCGUUCUGUGGUGAUGGCUUUAUAUGAAUGGGUAAGUCUUUGCCUGAUAUGUUAUAUAUUGGUAAUCAGUAAAAAAACAAUCUUUUCUAGAAUUAUCUUUGGCAAAGGAAAUUUGACACAAAACUAUUCAUCUUUGUGUUAUCUGAUGUCGUGUUGCCAAAAAGUUUAUAAAAAAUAUUUAAUCCCUCCCCAUUCAAGAUUUCUUAAUUAAAUGAAUUUCCAUCAUUAUUACCAUUUCAUUUCACCGUUAUGCUUUGUAAAAUCAAACAAAAAAAGACUUCGAAUUUGUGAGCAAUGAACUGGGAAAACAGGAACGUCAUGCCUAGUCUUAUUGGGAAGCAAAUUCUUUCAUUAGAUGUUGAAUGAGUAACUGUAUAAUGUAUGGUAAUAUUAUUUGUUAAUUUAAAUUAAAACGAAAAUAGUUUUCUUUCCCCUAUUUGAAACUCAGGAUUGAUGUUGUAUAAUGUCGUUCUUUCCCGUUUUUAUAAAUGUCAACAGAAGACGUAUAAUCAUGGUUUUGGCGGUCUUACAGGGCUAUUUUGAAGCAAACGAAUUCAAGUGAAUAAGGUACAAAAUGAUUACAUAUGUGUUCAGAGUAUGAUAAAUUGAUAUAGGGCAUUUUUUCAAGAAGUUUGCUGAACAUGUAGUGUGCUUUUAUAUUUUGGCAUAUUGGUGCUCUCAAAAAAAAAAAUUGUAAUAUGUAAAAGUAGUCUUUCAUAAUUAUUAACAAUUUCAAAAUUGACGUUUUUUUAAGAAUAAUGUAUGCUCGCUCACGGAUUGUCUAUUGACGGUCACACCUUUAAUAGUACCACGCCUUUUUUUUAUCUUGAUGUCGUCAUACCCUUUAAUUAUUUAAUUAGUACCACUUUCAUGUGCUGGUUUGAUUUUUUUGUGUACAGUCUAUUAUUCAAUUUUGUAGAAAAGCGAGAACGAAUUAUACUAUUUUUCUACUGAAAACGUUCUGGGAUUAUUAUUAUUUUCUCCCGCAUGAAUUAUUCUACCAUUACUUCGAUUUUUUUGUGUUUUCUUUCAAUUUUCUAGUCGUACUCUUUCUUGUGAUACUUGAUUAUUAUUAUUCAUAUUGUCGUCGACAACCAUCUUGAUGAAAUCCUAGCACACAAACAAAUAAAAUAAACGGCGAUGGCGACAAUGUAAUAAAAUAUAUCCGUUCGUCCGUUGUA